GGAUGAGUAUGAUAGACUUGGUAUGUUAAAUUUCUGUACAAUGCAUAUGAACUACUGUUGACUGUGACUGGUCCAUACAUGUGAAUGGAAUGAACAAGAUUUUUAGUCAAUCCCUCUGAAAUCUGAGGUUGGGUGAGCAGUUAACUGUUUUACUGGUAGGAAACACAGAAACCAACACAGUAGAGCGGAUCGACUACUACUAAAUUCAAAACAUCUUAAAUAUUCUUUUUUCUGAAUACUAAGUAGGGACAAGAUAACAGAAGGGCUUGGGGGGCCUUUGAUGUACAGAAACCAUUCAAAGUGCUUGCUUAUAUUGGGGAAAAAAGCUUUUUGAAAAUAUUUUAGUUGAUAAGGUAAUGGGGUUUUAGAGAAGGAAUAAUCAGGCAACUAAGUCUACAAGUUUCUUCCUCACUGCUCAGAAUGCAAGUGUCAGUAUUAAUAUCAAAAUUAAGCAUUUUAUAGAGUUGCUGAAAUUCAAUCAACCAAAUAAGCAGAAAUCAGCUGUUAGAUAAAAAGUUUUGGGGCUUUCAAUUAGCUUAUAUCUGUGCUAGUUCUCAUAUGUUUCACAGGCUUUAGUAGGUUCUGCCUAUGUCAUAAUCGUUCAUUAUGCGCUUGCUGAUGCCUGGAACUUGACCUACUAUAAACUGCGAGCUUUUGAGUAACGAAGGCUGGCCACCUAGCACUCAUGACUUCCAACAGCAGUGCUGAAGAGUGCAUUUGAGAAACUAUCACAUUAAGAUGAGUCAGAUACCAGCAAAGGAAAUAAAUGGAACAACUGCCGGAAGCCAAGAUUUGGUUCCUUGUAGAAUCUGUGGAAGACAUUUUGCACAAGAUGUUCUGCUGAGACAUGAGCCAAUAUGCAAGAAAGUCUUCAACAAGAAGCGCAAGCCCUUCAAUUCUUUUAAACAGAGACUGCAGGGAACAGAAAUCGGUACUGUGAAGAAGCAGCCCCCACAAAAGAAUCAGCAGGUGAAGAAAUCUAACUGGAGACAGCAGCAUGAGGAUUUUAUUAACGCUAUUCAAUCAGCCAAAGAAGUCACAAAAGCUAUGCAAGAAGGCCGUCCUCUUCCGCCUCCUCCCCCACCAAGUAUCAAUCCAGACUACAUUCAGUGUCCAUACUGCUCAAGAAGAUUUAAUGAGGCUGCAGCACAAAGGCACAUCAAGUUUUGUGAAGAACAAGCUGCUCGCCAUGCCUUUGCUGCAAAGACCACCAGACAGGCUGUGGGCAAGCAACCAGUGACUCAGAGAAAAAAACCAACCUUAACAACUGCGGCAUUAUCACUUCAGAAGAGAGUACAAGAAGCUGCCAAUACAGAUAAACCUAGUCCAGAGACCCCUCAUGGAACACUACAAAAAAACAGAAAACCUUUGGGUGUAUCUCCUGGAAAAGAAUCUUCAGGAGAGUUCAGACUGCAAAUGCACAACAGAAGAUAGAGUGGCUGCUUGCUGAGGAUGUGUUAAGGCUUUCUACUGAAGCAUUACAGACCUUAACAACGCAAUCCUCCAGCUCCUCUUCCACUUUGAGUGCUAAAGCUCAAUACACUGCAAGGCGGCUGUAACAACAAAAUGGUUGCCACCUUCAAUUAAAAAGAAAGCAAACUGAAGUUCACUGUCCUCCUUUGUU